AUGCUCCGUAUCAAUUACUACAUCUCCGGACACGGCUAUGGCCAUGCAACCCGCUCAGCGCAGCUUGUGUCCGCGCUCCUCUCGGCCUCUCCCACCACCCUCGUGACGAUCAUCACAACCGCCCCCAGCCAUCUCUUCCCAUCCUCACCAAGAGUGUCUUUCAUCGCCCAAGAAGUAGAUUCCGCCAUCAUCCAGCCCCAGCCCUACACCAUUGAUGCCCCCGCCAGCUUUGCCAAGUUGAAAACGUUCCUAGCCAGCACAGAAACCCCAGAGUGGCGGGCCAAGACAGCGGACAUCUUGGACCAGACGCAAUGUGACCUCGUGCUGGCCGAUGCUCCGUAUCCCGUUGCGUGGACCAGUGCGAGGGAGAAAGGGAUCAAGAGCGUGCUGGUGUCGAACUUUUCAUUCGACUCCAUCUUUGAGCAGCUCUUGACCUACCUCCCCGCCGAGUCCAGGGGUGCCGAGAAGGAGAUGGUGCAGAAGAUCGAGAAGCUGUACGCUACUUACGACUACAUAGUGAGACUGCCGGGAUACAUCCCGUUCCCGUUUGCGGACAAGUACUGGACGGUCGAGGAGAGAGCUCGGCGGUUGAUCGAUGCACCGCUGGUGUUCCGUCCGCCGCGGACAUCGAGAAGUAACGUUCUGAAGCUGCUGGGCAUACCAGAGGAAUUUCACGAGCACAGGGUCCUGCUUGUGCAGUUUGGAGGCCAGAUCGUAGAUGCGACGGGGGAAUCGACCGUGCCUCAGCUGCCGGAUGGGUGGAUAUGCCUCUCGUCCACGCCGGUUGAGGAUCCGAGGUUCUUUACCUUUCCCAAGGAUGUGUACUCCCCAGACCUGGUGGCUGCAUCGAAUGUUGUACUGGGGAAGAUCGGAUACGGUACCGUUUCGGAGUGCGUGGGCAUGAACAAGGCACUGAUCUAUGUCAUUCGGCCUAUGUUUGCGGAAGAACCGGGACUUCUGAGGUAUAUGGAAGAGAAUGGGGUCUGUGGGGAGAUUUCAGUGGCAGACUACGAAAGUGGCAACUUACCUUUCUCUACUGUCCGAGUUUUAAACGAGUACCCUACCGCAAAGACCUACAAAGGCUUACUGGCUCCAUCUCUCGUAGGGGCUGGCUCGAUCGAAAAAGCCUCAAAGGCACACGGACAAAAAGAGCACGUAGAUGUUGCAGAGGAGAGCCCGCGAGUAGCACAGAUGAUAGGGGCCCUUGUGGUCCAAGAAUGA